UUUUUUUGGUUUUGUUUGACUAAGAAACUAAAAAUGUUUUCUCAACAAAAAUUUUCUGAAAUUGCGGCAGAUUCUUCAAUACCAGCUUAUUGUAUUAAAACACUUGGCAGCCGUCAUGUAAUUAUUGGAGGAGGUGGUGGAAGUGCUAAAACUGGAGUUCUUAAUAAACUUGAACUUUAUCUUCUUACAUAUGAAAACGAAUUUAAUUUUAAAUCUUUAACAACAAUUGGGCCACCAAAAAAAUUGAUUGCUCGUUUAAAUUGUUGUAUUAAUACUUGUGAUUUUGCUAAUAUGAAUUUAGAUUGUAUUGUUUUAAAUAAUCAACCAGAAAAGGGCUGUUAUCUUUUGGCUGUCGGGCAGGAUAAGUUUUGUACUUUGUAUAAAACGACCGGUUUUUGUUUGGGUGAUGAAACAAAUGGUGGUGGAUUAUCACUUAAUUUCAAUAGCUUGUUUAGGAUAGAGACUGAUAAACGAUUGGACGGCGAUUCUUAUCAGAAAUGUGUUCGAUUAUUUCGGACGAAAGACAUUCCCAAUCAAAUAAAAAUGGUCACAGCUGGAACUGAUGGAUAUGUUCGUUGUUGGUCUAUUACAGCAGAUUUAUUAGAAAAUAGCAGUAAAUAUUCUUCAACUGAUAUUCCAAAUAUUUUGGAUAAUUUUUUGCCUGAAUUAGAAAUUGAAACUGGAAAAGGGUCAAUUGAAGAAAUUGAUGUUUCUGAUUGCGGGAAAAUUUUGGCAACUGUUUUGGGACAAUUAACCAUUUUAUGGAGUUUAAAUAGGAAUAAGGAUGAUGAACCACGUUUAUUAACACUCCCUACAGAUAAUGGACCAGAAGAAAUAAAUACAAAAAAAUUUAAAGUUCGUUCUCUCCGUUUUACUUCACUUGAUAAAAGCGGAAAACAUUCAAUUUUUAUUACAAUCCAUAAUCAAAGAGUUAGAAGUUCAAAAGAAGUUUCAUGUAUUGCUUUGUGGUGUUUUAAUAAAGAAAAUUUAAAUUGUAAAAUUAUUAAAUGGAAGAAAGCCUGCAAUGAAGCAAUAUCUUGUAUUGAAUUAAGUGAAUGUAAUAAAUUUAUUGGAAUUGGCACAAUGAGUGGAAGUAUUGGAAUUUUCGACACUCAAACUUUAAAUCAAUUAUUAUUUUUACGUUCUGUUCAUUCUUCCUUUGUAACAGCCUUAUCUUUUUUUUCACAAAGAACUUAUGAUGCAAAAGAUCUUGGACGUAUUGGAGGUGGAGAUGACAGAAAAGGACAUUGUUUUUUACCUGGAAUUUGUGCAAAUUCGAGAACUUCAAUUAUUUCAAUUAGUGUUGAUAAAAGAAUUAUUGUUCACCAAUUACCCUUUCCUGUUAAUGGCACAUUUACUGGAUUUUUGCUUCGACUUUCACUUUUUGUUGCAUUUUUUUAUUUUUUGUUUUGGGCAAUAUUUGUUUAUUAA